GCCGUGGUGUUAAAAUGGCAGUGGAUUUAUUUAGACUGGUUCAGAAUGGAUGUACUGCAAGGCAGUUAACGCUGGUUACAGAAAAGGGAUCUGACGUCAACAUUUCUAAUGAGGAAAAAGAAUCCCUGCUCAUGUUUACUAUGGCGAACUCCCGAGCCCCAGGAGAGAGGAAAGCAGAGCUAAUCCGGGCACUUCUACAGCGGGGUGCUGACGUCAACGCCAGAAACGCCAAAGGACAGACGACUUUUAUGUACGCUUGCAUCAUGAACCAAGUUAAACCGCUCAAAGUUCUCCUGGAACAGGCAGAUUUAAACGUGAAUAUCCAAGAACGAGAUGGGAACACAGGCUUGAUGUAUGCAUGCUCGAUCGGAAACGAACAAGUUGUGGAAGUCUUGCUGGAAGCUCACCAUCGGAAGAAAAUCAAUAUACUUUUUGACCUUAUGAACUCCAGAGGUCAGACAGCCUUGGACCGUGCACAAUCCAUGCACCGUGAAAAGAUAUUGAAUGUAUUUUCAAAAUAUUCAAUUUCAACCGACAGCAGAUUUAAACCGACAUUUUUGAAACCCAAAAAGGAACCAUUAUCGAGGAUCAAGAAACAAGAUACAGGAGGAAAGUCGAAAAAGUCGAGUAUGUCUUCGGUUUUGGCGGGCUCCGACACUGAGGAUGAGCUAGAGGACUUCGGCAAACUUGUCCGCACUAUGCGUGAAUGCGCAGCGGAAGUUAAACAAUUAUGCUACGACCAGAAUAUUUCGUAUGAUAAAGGAAAUCCGAAAACCCCAAAAUUUCGCAAGAAUAACAAAACAAACAGACCAAAAGUGGAGAACAAAACUUUCAAUACACCACGCAUAGAGAUUCAUCCCGAUUCUGGCGGGUUAACAAACGAGCAGAAACAUUCUGUUAAAUCAGAGGCUGCAAACUCUUCUCAAAGUUCUCAAUCAGCGAAAAAGGGAAACGGGAAAACUAGAGGUUUUAACCAAACACUCUCUCCGAAAGUUCCAAAUUUAGAACUUCCAAGUAGAGAAGAAACACCUUGCGAAACGUCAGUAUUACAAGAAAGUGCCAUAGUUUCAAAGAGUAAAAGAAACCAAUCCUUGACAAGACAUAGUGCCAAAUUUCGAGAAUUUUCAGUGGAUACUAUGUUUUCGAAGGGGGAAUCAGUCCAUUUACAUAAUCGUGACACAAACGGUACCAAUAGAUCAGCCACAAGUCCGGCUGUAUUGGAGUCAGCAUUUAGGGACCCAUGGUCCACAUUCGGUGACCCACUCCCCGGAAUAAAUAACUCACAAAAUUCCAAAAACACACUGUAUUUACCUCCUCUUAAUGGUACCCCGGGAGGAGAAAACAGUAAAAGUCGGGUAAAACCGGGAAAAGCCAAGAGCGCAGAUAAAGACAUUUGGCAGUUACGGGAAGGUCCACCAGCAUCACGGGAAACUCAAGAUCGCUAAAAAGGAAAGACAACAUUGUAAAUAGAAAUUUCCAAUUUAGGAUUAGUAAUUAGGUUUUAAUUCUACAUCAGUAAUCAGGAUCAAUAUUUUUAUAGAAAUAGCAUAGCUACAUAUUGAUUAGAAGGCAAUCUUGAAGAUAGCAAAAAAUAAUUUUCGGAAAAAUAUAUUAGAAAAUCAAUUUCAUUACACUUUUUGAAUUGCUAUGUAUUUUAUCCACCCGGCCAGUACCAGGAUUCUAAUCAAUACGCUUCAUUUGAAGAGAAAAUAAAACAAGAGAGAUUAAUUACUAGUUAGGGUAGUUAAAUGGGGUUCAAUAUUCAAUGCAAUUAAGAAGACGGCAAAUAAUAAUUUCGGGAAGGUGCUAUAAUACGGGCUUAGCAGACGUCUUUCUUCAGUAGGUGUAAAUUACCAGUUGAUCUGGGUUUUUCAAUAAAUCUUUUAUUUAGUAUAGGAGCAGCGUUACUAUUUCACAAUUCAAUACACGAAUUUUCUGUUAUCCAAUUGAUUGUUUCUUUGUUACGCAACAUCUACUGUGUAAUAAAAGCAAACAUUAUUUUCUUAUUAAUUCCAGGCAUGUCCUGUUUGAUCUACA